UCCCCUCCCAAUCAUGUGAUUCAGGUGUUCCAAUCCCCUCCCAAUCAUGUGAUUCAGGUGUUCCAAUCCCCUCCCAAUCAUGUGACUCAGGUGUUCCAAUCACCUCCAUAUCAUGUGAUUCAGGUGUUCCAAUCCCCUCCCAAUCAUGUGACUCAGGUGUUCCAAUCCCCUCCAUAUCCUGUGAUUCAGGUGUUCCAAUCCCCUCCCAAUCAUGUGAUUCAGGUGUUCCAAUCCCCUCCAUAUCAUGUGAUUCAGGUGUUCCAAUCCCCUCCAUAUCAUGUGAUUCAGGUGUUCCAAUCCCCUCCAUAUCAUGUGAUUCAGGUGUUCCAAUCCCCUCCAUAUCCUGUGAUUCAGGUGUUCCAAUCCCCUCCCAAUCAUGUGAUUAGGGUGUUCCAAUCCCCUCCCAAUCAUUGAUUCAGGUGUUCCCAUCCCCUCCCAAUCAUGUGAUUCAGGUGUUCCAAUCCCCUCCAUAUCAUGUGAUUCAGGUGUUCCAAUCCCCUCCAUAUCAUGUGAUUCAGGUGUUCCAAUCCCCUCCAUAUCAU